AGUUCAAGUAUAGGAGGUCAAAUUACUUAAACAAAUCAUGAUAAAACCAGUACUUAGGUCACAAAAUUCACUUAGAUAAAUCUCAAUCUCUGAAUAUGUUCAAGAAGAUGAUACCGCUUCGGAUGCUGUUAAUUACAAUCUUCAUUGUAGGAAUUGAGUGCGCUCCUUUUAAUAAAGAAAAUGUUGAUGAAAUUAGAAAAAAGUGUAAAUUAGAAACUGGUAUGGAUGGUGCAAUUUUAGAUAAGAUAUCGUUAAAACAAAAACUUCCCGAACCAACUGAAACUUACCUAAAAUACAUUGAGUGUUCUUAUAAAAAUCAAGGAUUUCUUAACGGAGAGGACCAUAUCGUUUUUGAAUCAAUUAAAGAAAUGUUGGAAACUUUUUAUCCUUCAACAGAUUUAGAUGCGAUCUUGGAGAGGUGCAAGGCGGAACAACAAGGUUUAAAUAUUCCAGCAGAAAGAGCUUAUAAAGCAGCUAGAUGUAUUAUCAAUGGUUUACAUAUUUAUGAAGAAAGUAUUUCUAAUAAUAUUUAAUUUAAUUUAUGUUUAUUAUUUCUUUGUUAAUUUCCUGUCUAUUAAGUAAUUUAUAAAAACGUCGAAACCUUAAUUAACUUUUUUUGAAUAAUCUUGAGAAUGGAAGUGUUAAACGAUGUCACCUUCAAAUUUACGACUUUUUUGACAUUGAAUUCGAGAGUUUUGUGAAGAGGACCUCCUGUGAUGAUGAUCUUAACCGGACGUUUAAAUGAUUGAAACCAAUACAAGCCCGAAUUCGACAUCCUUGACAUUUCUCUACUAGAGAACAUAUACUUAUUCCCGAACGGGAAGAUGAGCAACAAGCAGUAUACAACUGAGCUAUGAAGGUGUUGGUAGUGUUUCUCAGUUUUUAUCUAAUGGUUCAGAGUAAGCCUGUAUCACUAGAUGAGAUAAAAUCGAUAAGUAAAACAUGUAUUCAAAAAAGUAACAUGGACGUUGAAACGUUAAAACGAAUUGGUUCGGCGAGAAGUUUUCCAAAACCCACAAAAGAAUAUUUGAAUUUCCUUGAAUGCAGUUAUUCGAAACAAGGAUAUUUGGAUAACGACGGUUUGAUUUCUUAUUCAACAAUAGAAGAUUUUAUUUUAGAUUAUUACGAUAAAGAAACCGUUAAAUUGGCUAUUGAGCCGUGCGUUGUUGACCAAACGGGUGAGAAUGGUGCUGAAAGGGCUUACAAUACAGCCAAAUGCUUAAUUACAAAUUUGGAAUUGUUGGAGCAAAAAUAUAAUAAUGAAAUUAUUGAAAAUACUACUUUAAACAGUUUUUAUAAUUAAAUUAAAUGUUUAAAAA